AUGGAGGCCCUGAGAGACAUUUGCUUCGCAGAAAAGCUGCUGCAGUGUGCAGCGCUUCAGGAAGCAGCAGCAGCACGCGCAGCAGCAGCAGCAGCAGCAGCGCACGCAGCAGCAGAAGCAGCAGCAGCGACAGCGACAGUAGCAACGGCCUGCUCGCCGCCGCAGCGAACAGCAGCAAUGUGGGGGUGGUGGCAGCCAGCUGCAGCACCCGCUGCAGCAGCAGCAGGAGCUGCAGCAGGUGCUGCUGCGAGCAGCAGGGCUGGGGCCUUGCUGCGGAGAUGCAUAGAAGAAGAGAGCAGCAAAGGAUUAAGUGCUGCUGCUGCUUGUCAUCUCGCGCUGCAGUGUUUGCUGACACUUUGCUUCCUGGGCGAGAAGGAGGCUGGCUGCCUGCAGAUUCUGCAGCCGCUGCUGCUGCUGCUGCAGCAGCAGCAGCAGGAGGCUGGGAAGCACCUGUGCCUCUUGCUGCCUGCAGCACGACGCAGCUUGAAGCUGCUUCGCAACAGCAGCAGCAGCAGCAAGGCAGCGUGCGUUUGCUGCUGCUGCACCUUGGCGGCGCCUGGCCGCGGCUCGACGAUAGCAGCAGCAGCAGCUGCUGCUGCUGCUGCUUCAGCAAGCUGCGGCCCCGAUGCUGCAGCAGCAGAGGAUUUGCUGCUGCGCUUUGUAGUGGAGGCUGUAGGUGGCCGGCAGCAGCUAGCUGCUGCUUUCGAGCUGCAGCUAGCUCAGGAGCUGCUGAGCCCUUUGUGGUUUCCCAGGGCUUGUGCUGCAGAGGAGCAGCGCAGCAAAAGUGCUGCUGCUGCUGCUGCUGCUGCUGCUGUGUGGGGCCCCGCAGGGGCCUAUGGUGGGGCCCCGUCCUCCCCUAGCCAAGUGCUCGUGAAGAGAAGAAUGCUGAUGGCUGCUGCGCCUGACAGCAGCAGCAGCAGCAGCAGGAGGAGCAACAGGGCCUCCUCGUGCGACGAGGGGACCUGCAGCAGCAGCAGCAGCAGCAGCAGCACGAGCAUGCUGCAGAGCAUCAGCAGCAGCAACAUCAAGAAGAGGCCCCGCCUCAGGGACCUCCGGGGCCCCUUCUCUUCUGCUGUUUUCCUUUUGGAAAAUCUCAAGGAAAGUAAACUUACGAAUUGCCUGGUAAUGCUGCAGGACGCAGCGCGCAGCUUUGCUGCUACAAAGCAGCUCCGCAAGGCCAGCAGCAGCAGCAGCAGCAGCAGCAGCAGCAGCAGCAGCAGCAGCAGCAGCAGAGGGGCAGCAAAACCCUUGGGAGGAGAGCCCCCCUGCUUCUCAGGCUUCAGUUUUGCUGCCGUCGCAGCGCGAAGGCCUCCGCAGCUCUGCUUCUCCUUUGCAUGCUGCUGCAGGGGCCCCUGCUGCUGCUGCUGCUGCCUCAACCCCGCAGCAGCAGCAGCAGAAGAGGCCCUUGGGGGGCCCCAGAUGAGGUGCCAGAGGCUGCUGCAAGAGAGGGGAGUGGGGCCGCAAGCGGGGAAGUCCGGCCGAAGCUGA